GGAGGACUGAACAAUGAGAGAGAACCUUGCUAGUGUGUCAUCCCCAAACAUGGCAUUUACUGACUGCAUGAAACCAACAGAGCUGGCCGCAGACAAGGAGAUCAAGAGGAAAAACUGGAGGAACAGAAUACGACUUCUCCUGAAGACAAAUUCUACACAGCGUGUGAAAAACAGACUCUGCCGGCCAAGCGUAGAUGACGUGAACCAAUGGGCGCAGUCGCUUGACAAGCUGCUCAGUCAUAAAUAUGGGAAAAUUGCAUUUUGCAUCUUUCUGAGGUCUGAAUUCUGCGAUGAGAACAUUGAGUUUUGGUCGGCCUGCGAGGAGUUCAAGAAGAUCAAGUCACGGAAGGAAAUGGCAUCCAAGGCCAACCGCAUUUACGAGGAGUUCAUUAAAAGUGAAGCGCCAAAGGAGGUCAACUUGGAUUUCCACACCAAAAAUGCCAUCGCACAGAGUCUCCACAAGCCCACUGCAACUAGCUUCCUGGUAGCUCAGAGGAAAAUCUACAACCUGAUGGAGAACAACUCUUACCCCAGGUUUAUCAGCUCUGACCUCUACAAAGAACUGUAUGCAGCUGCAGAAAGAGAGGACAUGGACGUUAAGUCCUAGCUAGACUAGACUUAACUAGACACCCACUUGUGGAGUCAUUUGCUUACCACUGUGACUGUAAAUAGACUGUCCACCGUGUUCAUUCCAGGCGCUACCUCGGUAUAAUACAGCUGAAUGCAAAUUCGUAGCAUAAACAUUAACGGGCGAGUGUGGAAAAUGCAAAGUGCUGUCAAGAGCUCUCAACGAGGAAGCGGGAAUGAUUGGGCCGGAUCCUGUAUGUCGCUGCAGACAGUGCACAGACUGUCUCACGCAGAUGGGACUAAUGCUAAGCUUUCAUCACUGAGCCAUUACCUGAACCUUCUCUUCAGUACCAAUAGACAUUUUGAGCAAUGAUGCAGACAGUGCUGAUCUAGUGCCACUGCAUUCAAAGUCAAAACACUUGCCAUUUAACUCUGCAUCUCUUACCUUACAUCAAACCAACAGCAGUGACAGGAAGUGUUUUCUGUCACGGUAUCCAUUUGAAGGCUUUGUACGUCAAACACACCUCACGUGUAACUCUAGUUUGCAUUUCUCUGCUGGUUGCAGCAGUUUACAUUAAAACAAAAUUACAAUUGUAAUUUAUAUGACACAGUUUCAUCUAAUGCCUAUGUUUGGGCUGAAAUUACUGUGAUACUGUAAGAUACUGUAAAUAUGUGAUGUUGCACUAUGUGUUUAAUGUGAAUUUAAGCAUU